AUGUUUAUUGCGUACAGCCACGUCGCCAUGCUCGUUACCGGCAUCAUCCUCGCACCCGCUGUAAUGGCCACACCGGCUGUACAAGAACUUACUGAUCUGAGGAUCAUCAUCAACUUGGCGGCAAGCACCAUUGGCGACCUCCAGAAUCCCAAUAGAGGCUGGGGCUUGUUCGGCAGCAGCAGUCAGAUGGGUACCGCCGACCUCAUCAACAACAUCACAAGUACAAUCUUGCAAUUUAAGUUCCAGGUCGAUACAAACAAGGUUGAAAUGCCCCCACAGACCGCCUUGUUGAACCCUGCAAACGUUACGACUGACCCAGCUCUCAACACCUCUGUACCGUCGCCGCCAACACCCACUCUGCCAUUGACCUCUAGCAUGGUCCUCCCAUCUACGCUCCCGACAAGUACGCCUAGUCUCGACAACGCCACUACGGAUCUCUCGACCCCGUACAUUGACUACGUCUCAGCCAUACCCAACCUGAGUACCAGCCUUACAUCGCUUGGUCGCGCUUGGCACCGUGAGAUGAAUUCACCAGUCAGAGACGCCAUCGGUGUGCUACAGGAAAGUAUCAACACACUACAAACUACGAUGCUGCAAUGCCAACUCAUCAGCAGCUCGGCUGUACUACGUACCAUCCGUGCAAGUAGCACACUGGAGAGCUCCCAGCAGGCAUGGAGUCGUUUUCUUAAUCUCCCUAGUCGUACAGGCAGUGGUGACGAUAGCGAGGACGCAUCGAGUACGCCCAGCAGAAGGUCCGAAUACCGUCUUACAAGCCCAACUUUGUGCCAGAAGUCAUUAGACUCACCGUCUGAGGAGAGUGCUAUGGUCAUCAAGCCGGAGGCCCUCGACGCUUUCGCAACGCGAAGCACACGCCCUGGAGCACUUGAGGCUGCGACAGCUAAUCAAGGAGACACAAUUAAAAACGAGACACCGAACAUGGAGGGAAAAAAGAAAGACCCGAAGUCCCUUUCACCAGAAGCCGAGCCGGUUCGAUCAGCCUUGAACCGACUCAAUACCAAUUUUGGCCAGCAUAACAACGGUACAGAAACCCCAGCUAAAGCUGUCGAACAGGUUGCGCAAGUGGUCGAAGACGUUGUCGAAGGCGUCAAGGCAGUCGUGCACGAAGCCGUUGCUUGGACUGAGAAGAAGGCUGAAGAGCUAGCGAAGAGCGAGGAUCGCGCUGGCCCAUACGACUCUCCAGCGACGGCUGCGGGUGGCACCUCUGACCUUGAUGUUAUUGCGACAGGAGUCCUCCCAGCGACUGUGCCUGUACAGGAGGAUGGGAAGGAUAAGCGGUCAGACAGCGUCCAGGAGUCUCGCGUCAACCACGACGACGACAAAUAG